UUAUUUAACACCUCUCUCUCAGCAAAGACUAUCUCGAUCCAUUCAUUCGAGAAGCAAAUCACUUUUAUUUAACACCUCUCUCACUGUCUCCCAGCAGCCAUGGAAAACAUUUGCCGUAUAUGCGGUUUGAAAUUUACGGCGGUCAGGAACCUGAAUCGUCAUGUCAAAGCGAUACACGAAAAGGUAAAAGGCUUUCCUUGUUCUUUGUGUUAUCGAACCUUUUCACGCAAAGAACAUCUUGGCCGCCAUAUGCAAAAGGUUCAUCAGCUUCAGCCUUCGGCUACUUUGACGGCUCCUGCGCCUAAAAAGCAAAAACCCCAGGCGCAGGGUCGGUUAGAAAAAGAUGAUUUGACGGCUCCUCCGCCUCCGCCUCCUAAAAAGCAAAAAACCCAGGCGCAGGGUCGGUUAGAAGAAGAUGAGCUUUUAUCACAGUUACCACCUGAUGUUGAAGAAGUAUAUCGCAAAAACUGGAGCGCAGUCAAAACCCAUAAACGGUACGGAAAACAUCAGUCGGUGUUUACGUUCUUUUGGACUCCCAAUGCCACUCCACUAUGGAGACAACGUCUCGUGGAUCUUUUUGAUUCUCAAAAGAAGCGUUUUAAAAUUAAUUUUUCCCACUCCUUUUUGUUAAAAAAUAAAACUUCAAAUGAGUUAUCGUUUUUUCAUGCCUCUGCCAACAACCACAGAGCACUAAAAAGACCCCGUCUGAUUUCUAACAAACAAGAUUUUUUGGACUUUGUAAAUCAAGUUCAAGACCACGACGCGUUGGAGCACGCCCAAAACGAACGUCCCGACAGUAAGGUGGCGGUGGAGGCCAUCAUGUCCACCUCCUUUUAUGUCAAUCCCAUCGCCGACUUUCCUAUCGGUUGUUGUACAGAUGAUGCUUUACCCGAAUACAUACAAAAUAACAAAAGCCUGCAUACACUUCAAACAGACCAAAACCACGGACAGGCGUACCGUGACAAUCUUUGUUUUUUUAGAGCCCUCGCAUUACACCGUGGCGCCAACGUACAUUCGUUACAGAUCCCUGCGCGAGAACUGUUCAACCAAUGGUCCUCGUCUGCUUCUUUUUCUGACUUUCCAGGAGUGACCCUGCUAGAUCUGCCGAGUUUAGAAGAUAAAUUUAAAGUAAAUAUCGAUGUUUUUCAGUUUGAUGAAAGUCAGUCUCCUCCCGUGCUCGUCCCUCUCCAGCGGAGCGCGUACAAGUAUACAGACGUUCUCCGUCUUUUACAUUACAAGCAACAUUUCAUGCACAUCAUCGACAUCGACAAACUCACACACGCGUUUCAAUGUCCCAAGUGCGGAAAACUUUGGAAAAAAAUUUGGAGGAUGGAGCGACACGAACAAAAAUGUCAGGGGGAUAAGGUCAAAGAGACGUAUCAAGGCGGGGUCUAUCAGGGUACACCCUCCGUCCUGGAAAGUUUACAAUCCCACGGGUUUUCGGUCGACACGUCGUUUGUUUUUCCGUAUAGGGCCACCUUUGAUUUCGAAGUUUAUUUUGAUCGCUCUAACCUUCCCCAACCCCACAGCAACAACACGCGGUACACAGCACAACACGUUCCCUUGUCCGUGUCGGUAGCCAGUAACGUUCCAGAUUUUGAAUCGCCGGUUUGUUUUGUCAGCGACGGCGACUCUCAAAACUUGAUCGAUCGCAUGGUCGAUCACCUAGAAAAAAUUUCGGACCGUUCUUAUCUUUUAUUAUGCGAGCGAUUUAGUGACGUGCUUACAGAGCUAGAUGCUGUCGAACAACAACAAAACAACUCCCCUGACAGUAUUCAAAUUCCCACCGCCGCCCUCAAAGCCCGAUUCGACGACUACUUGCGUCAACUACCGGUCAUAGGGUUUAACUCGGGAAAAUAUGACAUCAACGUCAUCAAACCCUACCUCGUUCGCCGAUUUGUCCUUUGCGAAAAAGAAACAGACGAUGACGAUGUUGACGAGACAAAAAACCCUUUUAAGUUUGUGGUGAAGCGUCACAACGCAUUUUUGUGCAUUUGCACCCAAAAGCUGAAAUUUCUAGACGUCGUCAACUUUCUCGCUCCGGGAUUUAGUUACGCAAAGUACUUGGCUGCCUACAACGUCACAGAACAAAAAGGUUUCUUCCCCUACGAACACGUCACCUCUCUCGACACACUACAAGAACAGCAACUCCCUCCCCACGCCGCGUUUUAUUCGACCCUCAAACAGAGCAACAUCACAGACGAGCAGUACGCCUACUGUCAACAGGUCUGGGAGACUCGCAACAUGACGUCGAUGCGAGAUUUUCUGAUGUGGUACAACAACCUCGACGUUGUGCCUUUUCUGCAAGCGCUCGACAACCAGAUCACGUUCUACGCUACUCUCGGUGUAGACAUGGUGAAAGACGCUAUUUCGGCUCCCGGCAUCACACUGCGCUAUCUCUUCAAAACUCUGUCUUCCGACGUCUACUUUUCUCUUUUCGAUGACAAAACGAAAGACAUCCACUCGCUGCUUCGCGACAACAUCACAGGCGGUCCCUCCAUCAUUUUUCACCGCCAUCACGAAAAAUCUCACACGUUUAUUCGCAACGACCUCAGCAAACCCGUACAAAGCAUAGAGGGUUUCGAUGCCAACGCCUUGUAUCUCUGGGCCUUAUGUCAAAACAUGCCGACGGAACACCCGAUCAUCCGUAAAAAAGAAAAUAAUUUCAAAGGGGAAAAAAGAGACGUAUACGGUCAAAAGUGUCGCGAGUGGUUAGAGUGGGUCAUGUUUUGUAAAAACAUUCACAUUCGGCAUAAAUUUAAUUCAAAAGAAAAACAGUUAGGAAAAAGGCGAAUUCGCGUCGAUGGGUGGCAUUCAGAAACGCAGACCGUCUAUCAGUUUCACGGCUGUCUUUUUCACGGACACGAAAACUGCUCCCUCACGCGCGGUCGCGUCAUCAACCCGUUUAACAAAAAGCCACUCGUCGAGUUGCGGGAAAAAACGCGCGAGAUCACCGCGUACUUACAAAACGUCGUCGGUGUUGCGGUGCAGGAAAUGUGGGAGUGCGAAUGGGAAAGAAAAAAAAAGACCAACCCCCAAAUCUCCACAGUUAUACGCUGUAAAAAGCUCCCCUCCUACAGUUCCAAACGAUAUCCCACCGAAAACGACAUUUUAGCCGCCGUGAAAGACGGAACGCUGUUUGGCCUGGUGCAGUGCGAUCUUCACGUCCCCGAGGCGUUGCGCGAGCGGUUUAGCGAGAUGACGCCCAUCUUCAAAAACAUUCAUGUCACGCGCUCCGACAUUGGUCCUUUCAUGCGAGCGUACGCGGAAAAAUAUAAACUGUUGACCGGUUCCACAAAAACCCUCAUCGGCAGCUAUGUCGGAAACAAAGUUUUACUAGCGACCCCUUUGCUGAAAUGGUAUCUUGAAAAUGGACUCAUAGUCACUGCCAUUUACCUGGUGAUAGAAUACCAACCCAAACCUUGCUUUAAGGCCUUUGGCGACAUGGUCACCAGCGCGCGACGCCAAGGAGACAGCGAUCCAUCCAAAAACAUUUUAAGCGAAACGUUCAAACUGUUAGGAAACAGUGCUUACGGCAAGACGCUCACCAACAUCGCCAGGCACUGCGACAUUUACUACGUCGGUGACUCUGACUGUGAAAAACUGAUAAACGACAGUCGCUUUCAAAAGCUGACGGAACUGACGGAAGACUUGUACGAGGUAGAGAUGGCCAAAAAGAACAUCAACUGGGGCCUCCCCUUACAAAUUGGCUAUUUCGUCUACCAGUACGCCAAACUGAAAAUGCUUCAGUUUUACUAUGACUGCGUGGACAAGUUCGUAGACCGCAGCAACUUUCAGCUGUGCGAAAUGGACACGGAUUCGCUGUACAUGGCUUUGGCGGCACCUCGCUUCGAAGAUGCCGUCCGUCCCGAAUUGCAACAACGGUUUUUUCAAGAAUACACACAAUGGUUCCCGGGACAAGCAUGCGACCAACAUCACCAAGACUUUGUGCACAGCAAAACAAACCACAAACCCUGGGACCCCUCUGCCUGUCCUGCCUGUCUCCAACGCGCUCGCGACGACAAACGCACGCCGGGCUUGUUUAAAACAGAGUACACAGGCGAUGGCAUCGUAGCUCUCUGCAGCAAAACUUACAUUUGUUUCGGUGACUCGCAAAAACUAAGCACCAAGGGUCUAAACAAACACCAAAAUCAACUUGACCACAACCAUUUCAAACAGGUUUUACAGACACAGCAAGCCAGUGGUGGAUGCAACACCAGUUUCAAAACGGAUGGUAAAUCUAUGUUUACCUACCAACAACACCGCAAUGCCUUGUCCUAUCUGUACAUCAAGCGAAAGGUCCUUGACGAUGGGGUGACUACCGUACCGUUAGAUAUUUGAGACUGCUGCUCCCGUUUAGACUGCGAUAUCUUCAAAAGCUGUGAUAAAAGUUUUUCUUGUUCUUUGUGCGUCAAACACAUUUUUUGCCAGUCAAACAAAAGCCCUGCCUCCUCGUGGCGACUGGUGGACAAAGUUUAUUAAAGUUUAUACUUUUCUAAGCUUUGACGAAAUGGGCUCUUUCAAUACAUUUUCCACAAAUACAAAAACAACAAUCAAUCGGGUAUGACAAAAUGGCCGCCACGGAUAUGACAUCACCAAGAUGGCCACCUCCAUGCCACUUCCGGCAAGAUGGCCGACAAGAUGGCCGCCACGGAUAUGACCUCAUCAAGAUGGCCGCACCCACAGGGACUUCCGGCAAGAUGGUCGACAAGAUGGCCGCCACGGAUAUGACCUCAUCAAAAUGGCCGUCUCCAGGCCACUUCCGGCAAGAUGGCCGCCCCCGUGCGACUUCCGGCAAGAUGGCCGCCCCCGUGCAACUUCCGGCGGCUGUGACGUCACGGCUCCCCUUCCGGCUCCCCAAAUGAGGCAUGAAUAGCACAUGUCUAUACUACUCUGGUAGCUUUGUAGCUCUGUGUACUUUUAACUAUAAAAGGCGGAGGAAAAGCUGUGUGUCGUUGGCUCUCCGCCAGCAACAAUCAACCUCCAGCUGCUGUCGUCGUCGUCGUCGUCAAAGUGUCCGACAUGUCACCGCUCGUGACGCUGCUUCUUGUCUCCCUGGUGUCGUCUGCUUCCGCCUCACUCGCCGUGGAUCCUGCAGACAGUCAAGGGGCUUCUUCUGGGCGAAACCUAGUAGUGGACAACAGGUCCAAACGAACGUGUCAUGGCUUCCCCUGCAUGUACUCGCACCUGGCUGAGUACGCCGCGCGCAGAGCCUCCAUGCAGACCUUCCUCAACAUGAUCCGCGAGUGCGCCAACAACCCCCAUUGCUCGCCAGGAAGGCGACGCAGGAGAAGUCCAGCUGCUUUCGUGUCCAACCUCAGACUCCACGACAGAACAUCCUGAGUAUGAGGACCAAUCAGAAGCAGCGGCACUUCCCACUGCAGCACGACGGCCAAUCGCAGGCGGUGACACUUCUCACUGCAGCUUCUUUCGAACUUCUACGAUCUCAGUGUAAACAGUGACUUGAAUCUGGCAUUAAAGGGACAGACGCCCUACUCGUUGUGCUGUUGUCUAUCCAACUGUUACUAUAUUUAGAGAAUAAUAUAAAAUAACACUUCACAAAAUUUAGGACACACCUUCAGAAUGUUUCUGUGUACAUUCCAGGCCCGUGACGCCUUCUGUUCCUUCCCUUGUUAUUUUUCUCAUUUUUUAAUUCUUUUUUAUUGUUAUUAAUUAUUAAUAGUCUAUAGUAAUUUUUAUUUGUGUUAUUAUGUGUGUGUAUGUUGCUGGCUGAUUGGCUACACUGAGCUGCUUGUUGAUUGGAUGUCUGCUUGAUUCCUCGUGGUGCUUUUUUUUUCUUUUCAUCCGUCUUCCCUUCUUCUCUUUUUUCACCUUUGUUGUUAGAUUUUGCCGUUUCAUUCGUUCUUGUAAAAAGGGUUGAAUAAAAGUAAGGAACAAAGCUGUGGUUAAAAGAAAAAUACAGCACUCCUUUAAAGCACGUGUCACGAUGUUCGCGACAAUUCCACCUCACUUUUUUUCUCUUUUUUUUUCCCCAUGUACCCCAGGUUACCAUCCCUUCAGUGAAAUCGCCUUUAGGUAGAAAUAUUUCUCCCACUCAGCAUCAUUAUCAUUAACAACGGAAGUAUCAGAACUUUUCAAAAUGGAAAUAACAGAGCCGAGGAACCGCUCGGAAUUAUCCAAUCGAAAAAAUAAUUUCAAAUAAUUCCUGAAAAAAGAUCAUGCACGGCAAGGGUUUCAUAGUUUCAUGAAAAGAGCUUCUGAACAAGAAAUAUCAAAAUGAACAUUGCUGUGAACAGACAUAUUGCUUCCAUAUCUUGAAAUAACUGUUUAAAUAACUAAAAUAAUUAUGUGUAAUAAAUACGAACAUCCUAGAAUUCUUUUGAGGAACGUUUCUCCACAGCUGUCUGGUUCUAAACAUUCUGCUUUAACUUCAACUCACCCGAUCGUUUGUUCAGUCGUUACUCAAUCAACAAUAUUAGUUUAAGUUCUCGAAACAGUUUUAACUAACUUUACAUAUAUUUACUUUUGAAGAUUGAUGAUUGUUUGAACACGCCUGUUUCACCUUUGUUUGGAAAUGGUCUUUCCUGUGGAACCGAGAAUUUCUUGACACAGUUGUAGGCUCUCUUAUCUUCAAAACUGGAAACUCUGUACCGUACUAUGUUGUCAACAAAAGAAAGAUAUUAAACUCCAAGUACUUUGUGAUGGCUACA